GGCACUUGUAGCUGUGGGUGACGCACAGGGACAGCCCCGCACACACAGGACAGAAGGAUCGUGUCCACGCCUUCUUCAUCCCAUCAAUGCUGUGUCCACAUUCACUCCUGCCAGACACACAACUGCAACUGACAAGGAUUUUCCAUGGCGACAAUCUCUCCUUGCACACGCCUCGCGCUUCUCCUUCUGUUGCCUCAUUUCCUGACUCUAUCACUCGCAGCUGAAGAUGACCUCGUAAUCAACACUAAGCAUGGGAAAGUUCAAGGGAAGUUGCUUCCAGUGCCGGGGGGUGAGGUUAGAGCAUUUUUGGGAAUUCCUUAUGGGAAACCACCUCUGGGGAAACUGAGAUUUAGAGCCCCACAGCCUGUAGAGAGAUGGGAAGGAGUGAGGGAUGCCACCAAAUACUCAAAUACCUGCUACCAGGUGCCGUAUUUGAGCUUUCCAGGGUUCAUAGGUGAAGAGAUGUGGAAUCCAAACACUCCUUUAAGUGAGGACUGUCUAUACCUAAACGUCUGGUCACCACGUAUCAGCAAAACCCAGCCUCAGCCCAUGCCACUGGCUCCUGUCCUUGUCUGGAUCUAUGGAGGCGGGUUUUAUUCAGGAACCUCCUCUCUGGACGUAUAUGAUGGUCGCUUCUUGACUAAAUUUGAAGGUGUUGUUGUGGUAUCAAUGAAUUAUAGAGUAGGUGCUUUGGGUUUCCUGUCUAUUCCUGACAACAAGAACAUCCAUAGCAACGUAGGCCUGCGGGACCAGCAAUUUGCCCUCCAAUGGGUAGCCGACAAUAUAGCUGCUUUUGGAGGUGAUCCCGCAAAGGUGACUCUGUUUGGGGAGAGUGCUGGGUCAGCAUCUGUGGGCUACCAACUACUCUCCCCAGGCAGCCAAAGGCUUUUUCAAAGGGCUGUGAUGCAGAGUGGGUCUCCUAAUGCAGACUGGGCCGGGGUCAGCCAGGCUGAGAUUUGGAGCAGGUCCAUGAAGCUAGUGACGUUACUGGGAUGUCCCACAUCCCCUCCGUCUGAUGUGGAAGCUUGUCUGCUGCAGGCUAAUCCUCAGACAAUCGCAUCAAAGCAAAGCGAUGCUGCACCGCUUAUCCUUACACCCUUUGUCCCUCAUGUUGAUGGAGACUUCCUACCUGAUAAAGCUGAAGCGUUGCUUAGUAGUGGUACCCUUCUAAAGAAAGAAGUGAUGUUUGGCUUAACCAAGGAUGAAGGGACUCCCUUCCUGCUGUAUGGAUAUCCUGGAUUUAGCCUCACCGGUCAGAGUCUCAUCACCAGGCAUGAGUUUGUGAAAGGAGUGGAAAUUGCAUUGGUACAUUUGAGUGAUGUCUCAAGAGAUGCGGCCAUUUUCCACUACACUGAUUGGACAGAUGAGAAUGACAAGAUGAAAAAUCGAGACUUGCUGGGUCAUGUGAUUGGAGACCAUAUGUUCUAUUGUCCUGUGCUAGACUUUGCUCAAAGGUAUGUGCAGUGUGGCGGUCUGGCGUACCUGUAUGUCUUUGACCACCGAUCAUCCGUGAAUCCUUGGCCAGAGUGGAUGGGCGCUAUGCACGGCUACGAGAUAGAAUUUGUCUUCGGAAUGCCUCUAAAUGCGUCCCUGGGAUAUACGAAGAAUGAAGUAAACAUGACCAAGAAGUUUAUGAAACACUGGGCCAACUUUGCCCGGACAGGGAAUCCAAGCAUUGAUGGAGCUAACUGGCCACUGUUCACCCCUGAACGGCAGGAAUAUGUCACUCUGAACUACAACCAACCAGAACAAAAGAGGAUGCUGAGAGCUAAAGAGAAUCACCUGUGGAAUAUACUAAUACCAAAACUACAGAAAGUCUCAGAUGAUCUUCUGUCUUGUGUAACAGGAAAUGGGCUUACACUCAACUGUAACUACACCCUCCUCCUCCUCCUUCUGUUGGUUAUAACUUUAACCUACUGAUAGAGGGAAGAGACCUGUGUUCUGUAAGUCAUAUACAACAGUUUAUAUGAAAUAAUGGAAAGAACGAAUGAACAAAGUGUACUGUUAAUUUAAACAAAUGCUCCUAUUUGCUGCAGCUGUUCCUACAAUAACCAGCAUUUACACUUGUCACUGGCCAGCUAGCUUGCUAACAUGGACAAAGAAAGAUGGGUGUUCAAUUUAAGCAAAGAGGAGUGUAAAUUCAAAAUUAAUUGUGAAAUUAAGCAAUAUACAGUACAGGCCAAAAGUUUGGACACACCUUCUCAUUCAAUGUGUUUUCUUUAUUUUCAUGACUAUUUACAUUG